GUUGGAUACACAGUUGGUGUAUUAGUGCUGGAAUCCUUAAAGUAUGUUUUUAUUAAUGGGGUCUGAUCCUUGAUUGGCAAUCCCCAAUACAUACUUUAUUUUAUUAAUAUUAUUAUAUAAUUUUCAAUUUCACACUAUUAGAUUUAUUCCUCUCUGGUUUUACUACUUUUAACUCCUAAUUCUAACUGGUUUCUAAACUGACAACCACAUUUAUUGGUUGACUAAUAAAUUUAUUUCUAGGAUUCUUAUCUGAUAGAAGAUGCCCUUUAAGAGGCGUAACGCUGGGAGAUCUAAGCACGGCAGAGGCCAUGUUAACCCCGUCAGAUGCAGCAACUGUGGCCGUUCAGUUCCAAAGGACAAGUCAAUUAAGCGCUUUAAUGUUAGGAACAUCGUAGACGCUAGCGCCCAGCGUGACAUUAGGGAAGCCUGCGCCUAUUCACUGUUCAAUGUGCCGAAGUUGUACAUUAAGCAGUGCUACUGCGUUAGCUGUGCCAUUCACUCCAGGGUUGUGAGAGUACGUUCUGCCCAGGGCCGCAAGGUUAGGACUUACGUUCAACAAAGACAAAUGCAAGUCAAACUAAACUUGCCAAACAAGGACAAUUAGGAUUUAUGAACCCCAAUGAUCCUUGAUUUGGAGCUGAAACCUUGACCUUUUAAUAGUCAAAAGAUAUCUAUGAAACGCACAAAACCCUUAAAUUAGUAUCGAAACA